AUGCUCAUCGACGGAGAAAAGUGGGCUUGCGAAGCCUGCGUGCGAGGGCACCGCGUUAGCAACUGUCAACAUCACGAUCGGCCGCUUCAACACAUCAACAAGAAGGGACGGCCAGUUUCGCAAUGCCAGCAUUGCCGAGCAAUGCGCAAGUCGCGCUCGACUCACGUCAAGUGCGAUUGCGGCGAGAAGACGCACAAGUGCGUACACCUGCGGCCGGUACUCGACGGUCACAAGGAAAGCUGCUGCUGCAAUCAUGGCGGCCGCUGCAGUUGCUCUCACAAGAGGGAACCCAAACUUGACACAGUCCCCGAGUCGGAUUCCGAUGAGCCCGUUGCAGCUCACCCCAAGGUUUCCAAGCCGAACUCCCGCGCGAGACGCCGUGCCAACACGACUAACUCGGACGCUGUGCUUUCCUUCGACGCGAAUGGUCACCACAGGCCAACGUACAAGCACGCCAAGGUUUCGCAGAAAUGCGGCCCGUACCAGCUUAGUCGCAGCAGCUCUAUGACCAACGCCGCGAGCAUGAGGAACCGAUCUAUGGAUGACCUUUUUAGUGCCAGCACGGGAGCCAGCACGGGUGGUGACUCCGAUCUUGCAUCCGCGAGCAGCGUAGACAUGAGCCAGGCGCAACGCAAGGUUAAGUCGGAGGCCACCUCGCCCCUGUUGGAUGGGUCUUCUGCAUUCCAGAUCCAUCCCCAGCUGCCCCCCCAGCUUGAUCUUUUCAUUCCAAAGAUAACCGACUUCUUUGGCACCCAGUCGCCGGAAUACGAACCGCCCCUGUUUAGUGCCACCGCAGCUUCGGUUGACUGGAGUAACUACGAAGGCCUGGAACUCGCCGGGAAAACCGCCGACUUUGCGCCCUCAAACUUCAGCCAGGCGCAGAGCUAUGGCGGGUUUGACUUCUCUGGGUCAGAGAUACCCACCAUGACGACCACCACUUCGACAUCGGGUGAAGUCUCGGAGGUUGAGGAUUUCUUGUCAAACUCGCUAGACGACUUUGACAUCUUCCAAAGCACCCCCUCACUUAACGGUUACGGCUUUCCCAACGCUCAGGUCAACUUGCUCGGUAGCACAGAUCUCACCAACCUGGACGUGGACGUGGACGAUUACACCUACAUGAGGAAGGACGCGAGCAAGUUCCUGCCAACCCCGGCCACCCAGGUCGGCGACGACCCGACCCUUCUGAACACCAAUGCGCCAACUUUCAACGGUCUCAACAACGCAUCAUUAGAAGACGACCCGGCGUAUUGGAUGAAUGACUACGGGAUGCCAGGCCUCACGGACUCUCCAACCGAGAGCACCAUGCCCUCACUCUGGGAUGGCCAAUAG